CGUGGAGAUGAACCACGCUGCAGGUCCCAGAGCUGCAGAAGAGCCGAGCCGACCCGUCUGUCCCUCCUCCUCCUCCUCCUCCUCCUCCUGCACCUCUGCUGGUCUUCUACCCUCUCAGCGGGACAUCACACAGCGUCCGGGAUCAUGCUGCUUUCUCAGAGGGCUGCGUUAUUAUCGCCUCAUUGGGUCGCUGCUGAGUGAAAGAGAAAGUCCACACUGGAUCUGAAGAACCUUCUUAGAUCUUCGCAUGCUUUUCUGUCUGAAUACCUCCACCAGAUCCUCUGGCUCAGUUUUCUUCCUCGCAGAUUUUGGAUUAUCGCUGCGUCGAGGAGAUAUGCUGAUAUUAUUUAUGAUCAGUGUGGCAGUGUUGUCAGAUGCAGGUGUUUCGGUGGAGGUGUUUCGAGCAGGUGUGGCCCCCCGCUGUGAGAGCAGGGCCUGCAACCCCCGUAUGGGAAACCUCGCCCUGGGUCGGCGGGUCCUGACACAGUCCGUUUGCGGGAACAAUGGAACAGAGCUCUACUGCUCCUACUCUGACCCCAACGGCAACCUGGCCUGUGGUGACCCCAAAUGCUCCAAAUGCAACGCCGCCCUACCCCCACUGUCCCACCUGGCAGGGGCCAUGUCCGACUCCUCUUUCCGCCACCCUAACACUUGGUGGCAGUCUGCAGAAAGUGUGGAGUCGGAGAUGGUCCAGCUGGACCUGGAGACGGAGUUUUACUUUACACAUCUCAUCCUCGUGUUUCGCUCACCACGGCCUGCUGCCAUGACCCUGGAGCGCUCGCAGGACUUUGGACAAACAUGGAAGAUGUUGCAGUACUACGCCAGUAACUGCAGCGCCACCUUCGGACUGGAGGAGGGAACAGCAAGUGGGGGCCGGGAUGGGGCCAGCUGCACCUCCAAGUACUCUGGAGCUUAUCCCUGCAGCCGAGGGGAGGUGAUAUAUCGAACCCUCCCAAAGUGGCAGGCGCUGGAUCCAUUUGGGUUGGAAGGCCAGCAGCAGCUGCGGGUGACCAACAUCCGAAUCCGGCUGAUAAAGUACCAGCAGUGCCCCUGCCAGGCCAAAGCUCUCGCCUCUACAAGGAAAGCGCUUCCUGCUCGACACUUUGCCAUUUAUGACCUGAUAGUUAAGGGAAGCUGCUUCUGUAACGGCCACGCGGAGCAGUGCGUCCCUGCACCUAAAUACCAGCCCACCAGAGACCGAACCAACCAUGUGAUUCAUGGAAGAUGUGUGUGCAGACACAACACUGCAGGGGAUCACUGUGAGCGUUGCGCUCCUCUUUACAAUGAUCGACCCUGGCAGCCCGCCGACGGUCUGACGGGAGCACCACACGAAUGUCGCAAAUGUAAGUGUAACGGACAUGCUCAAAGCUGCAGUUUUGAUUGGACGGUGUGGCGCGAGUCUGGCCAGAGAAGCGGAGGCGUGUGCGACUGUCUGCACAACACUGAUGGGCGUCAGUGUGAGAAAUGCAAAGCUGGCUUCUACAGAGACCCACAGCGGCCUCACACGGCUCCAGACUCAUGCAAACCUUGCAACUGUCACCCAAUGGGCUCCAUGCCCUUUCACGUUACUGACGGGUCUUUGUGCGACCCUUCCAACGGAAACUGUAUUUGCAAACCUGGAGUCGGCGGAGCGCAGUGCGACAGGUGCAUGGUGGGAUACUGGGGAUUUCAUGAGUAUGGCUGCCGCCCAUGCGACUGUGCAGGAGACUGCGACCCGUUUACUGGCGACUGCAUAAAUGGGUAUGGCUCAGAUCUGGAACUGUACAGCCUGGAUGGAAACUCGAGUGAGCCAGUCAGGAUCUUCAGCCCACAUGAACUAUUUUCUGCUCUCCACUACUCUGAGAAGUGCAAAUGCAAAGAGCAAACGCUGACCAACAGUAAACUCUUCUGCACCAUGAACUACGCAUACGUGCUAAAGGUGAAAGUGCUGUCAGCCCACGAUAAAGGGUCCCAUGCUGAGGUGGAGGCCGAAGUUCAAAAGGUCCUCAGCCACAACACCAGGCUGAAGAUACAGAGAGGUUGGGUCACACUUUACCCCGAGUCCUGGACGACUCGGGGCUGCACCUGCCCCAUCCUUAACCCAGGUGUGGAGUACUUGGUGGCGGGUCACUUGGACCGUAAGCAGGGUCGGCUCCUGGUCAACAUGAAGAGCUUCGUCAAGCCGUGGAAGGCCAGUUUACGUCGCAAAGUCCUCACUCUGCUAAAAAAGGACUGCAACUGGUAAAUGCUAGCAGAACGGAUGAGACGGAUGGUUUCUACUUUGCUGGUCUUGCUGCAGGUUUUGAGGGACUGAACUGAGAUGAUUGAAUCCCUCCAUUUCUCUGCUGUUGUCCAACAACAGCUUAAUGCCACUGCUGGAGGUAUUUUAUUAAGACAUAUCUCUUUUGCACCUGUGCAAACUUCCUCUUGCAUGAUUAUGUUCGAGUACAAGCGGAUUUCACCAGAAACGCAGAACAGCUCUUCCUCCUUUGCAGCACUUUAGCCUAAGAUGGACCAAGCCAACACGGACGCACUAAGAAAAGGAGGAUCAGACCCGCUUGGAUGCAGUACAUCUGCAUGGCGUGCAUGAGAGCAAAAAUACGGGCGAGUGACGCCAAGCAAGCCAUACAAGCCAGUCCAGGUGUGCCUGUGAUUAAAUAAGAGCAAAUGGGUUUCACCAGAAAACCUGAAUGUAUCGCUCCCCCCUGACUGUGGCUGAAUGAGGCACAGAUUCGAUUCAGUCCAGCUCUGAAACUUAUCUGUAGGUUAUAAACCAUCCAAUGUUUGCAUUGCAGCAUAAUGUGAUUCGUUUUAUAUUAAUACGCCCCUUUUGGACUCAAAAAGUUCUUAUUCUUUCCUCUUUUCUGCCCAUGUACAGUAUUAUUUGUAUAUAUCUCUAAAUAUUGUCGCUCACCGCUCUGUUUUUUGUUUAUGGUAAUAUUAAAGGAUAAAUCCAGCCUAUUAAAA